AUACCUCUCGCCCUGGUUCGAACGACAGCUUUUGUCCCGAAACAAUACCCGUAGUUAGUGAAAGUAUUCUGUCUGCAAGCAUGUUGGCUGUGCAUUUACUCGCGGUCAUUGUUUUGCAAUAUUAGUCUUGAACAAUUAAGCGACACUUUUUUUUGUCAUUUCAGUCCAUGUAGUUUUCGGGAUAGGAUAGCAGAAAUGCCUCGUUAUGCUCAACUGGUGAUGGGCCCCGCGGGAAGUGGAAAGAGUACCUACUGCUCUACACUGAUCCAGCAUGCAGAAGCCAUAAACCGCUCUGUACAGGUGGUCAAUCUAGACCCAGCCGCUGAACACUUUGAUUACCCAGUCAUGGCAGAUAUCCGGGAGCUCAUCAUGGUGGAUGACGUGAUGGAGGAUGAGUCACUGAGGUUUGGCCCAAAUGGAGGGCUGGUGUUUUGCAUGGAGUACUUUGCCAACAACUUUGACUGGCUGGAGGAGAGUCUGGGUCACGUGGAGGACGACUACAUACUGUUUGACUGUCCUGUGAUGUCUGCAGGUCAAAUAGAGCUCUACACACACCUCCCUGUGAUGAGGCAGCUGGUAGAGCAGCUCCAGCAAUGGGAAUUCCGUGUCUGUGGCAUCUUCCUGGUGGACUCACAGUUCAUGGUGGAGACCUUCAAGUUCAUCUCUGGUAUCAUGGCUGCGUUGAGUGCCAUGGUGUCCUUGGAGAUCCCAACAGUCAACAUCAUGACCAAAAUGGACCUGCUCAGUCCCAAGGCCAAGAAGGAAAUUGAAAAGUACCUGGACCCWGACAUGUACUCAAUGAUGGAGGACAACUCUGUCACCAUUAGGAGCAAGAAGUUCAAGAAGCUGACCAAAGCCAUCUGUGGUUUGAUUGAUGACUACAGCAUGGUGAGAUUCUUGCCUUUUGAUCGCACAGACGAGGAAGGCAUCAACAUAGUGCUUCAGCACAUCGACUUUUCCAUACAGUARGGAGAAGACUUGGAGUUCAAAGAGCCAAAGGAGCCUGACGAGGAGCCAGACAACACAAAUUAUGAUGAUUUCUUCCAGGACAAAGAGGACUGAGAUGGUAUACAUUACAAAAUAUUAAAUGCACCUGCUCUUUCCAUGACAGACUGAAUCCAGGUGAAUCCAGGUGAAAGCUAUGAUCCUUUAUUGAUGUCACUU